AUGGGGCACAAAGGAAUCUCGGUGACAGGCCUGGUCUGCUACGUUGCUUUCUUUCUUCUACCGCUGCACUCCGCCAAUGGAGACGUGAGCUAUUCUUUUCCGGAGGAGAUGAAACGCGGAUCUGUUAUUGGAAAUAUAGCCAAGGAUCUCGGGCUGGAGGCGAGCAGACUUUCCGCUCGUAGGGCCCGUGUUGAUACCGAUGGGAACCACGAACGGUAUUGUGACAUUAAUCUGAGUACGGGAGAUUUGACUAUAGCUGAAAGGAUUGACAGAGAUGGGCUUUGUGGCAAGAAGGUUUCGUGCGUUUUAAAACAGGAACUUGUGCUUGAAGAUCCGUUGGAGCUUCACCGUAUUAGUCUUCAUGUCCAAGAUAUAAAUGAUAAUUCCCCACAGUUUAAAAAGGAUGUAAUCAAAAUGGAAAUUAGUGAAUCAGCCGACAAAGGCGUUCGUUUUUCUCUAGAUGAGGCCCAUGACGCUGAUAUAGGACACAAUACGGUUCAGAGCUAUACACUACAAAGAAAUGAACAUUUUAUUUUGAAUGUCAAAACCAAAAGUGGUGGACGCAAAUACAGCGAGUUAGUGUUAGACAGAGAGCUAGACCGCGAGGGGCACCAUGAAAUCAAGUUAUUACUGACAGCGAUGGACGGAGGCACUCCGAAGAGAUCAGGUACUGUAGUCAUUCACGUCACUGUACUGGAUGCUAACGAUAACGCCCCAGUAUUUAGCCAGGCCGUCUAUAAAGCCAGUCUGCCUGAAAACCCUCCUCUAGAUACUGUAGUGGUUACAGUGAGUGCUACGGAUGCAGAUGAGGGAUUGAAUGGGGAAGUUACUUAUGAAUUUGAUGACGUUUCAGAUGAAAAUAGCAAUGUAUUUUCUCUUGAUCAUGAGACUGGAAAAAUUACAGUUGUUGGUCCAAUAGAUUAUGAAAAGGAGUCUUCAUAUGAAAUGCAGAUCAGCGCAAAGGACGGUUUAGGGUUAGCAUCCUACUCUACAUUGAUAAUAGAAAUCACUGAUGUUAAUGACAACGCCCCUGUGAUAUAUCUACAGUCUCUGACUAACCCCAUAUCUGAGAACGCGUCUCCUGGUACAGAGGUGGGCAUCAUUAACGUGCAGGAUAGAGACUCUGAGAAUAACCGACAGGUCCGCUGCUCCAUUCAGCAAAACCUUCCUUUUAAGCUGGUGCCAUCCAUCAAAAACUACUAUUCUCUGGUGACCACGGGCGAACUGGACCGUGAACUAGUGUCUGAUUACAAUAUUACAAUCACUGCCACCGACGAGGGCUCUCCACCUCUGUCCUCCUCUAAAAGUGUUCAGUUAUCUGUAGCUGACGUCAACGACAACCCACCUGUGUUUGAGGAACAGUCCUAUAAAGCCCAUCUGACUGAAAAUAACAAACCCGGUGCCUCCGUGUGUUCCAUUACUGCACGAGACCCAGACUGGAGACAGAACGGAACAGUGAUUUAUUCUCUCUUACCUGGUGAGGUGAACGGUGUCCAAGUGUCCUCAUUUUUAUCCGUUAACGGAGACACAGGGGUGAUCCACGCUGUGAGGUCGUUUGAUUAUGAGCAGUUCAGGAGUUUUAAAGUCCACGUGGUGGCCAGAGACAACGGUUCUCCUCCGCUCAGCAGCAACGUCACGGUCAGUGUGUUCAUAACGGAUGUGAAUGACAACUCUCCUCAGAUACUAUACCCCGCCCCGGAGGGAAACUCCUUCAUGACGGAGCUGGUACCCAAAGCUGCGCACGGGGGCUCUCUGGUUUCCAAGGUGAUUGCGGUGGACGCGGACUCAGGCCAGAAUGCCUGGCUGUCCUAUCAUAUAGUCAAAUCCACUGAUUUGGGACUUUUCACUAUUGGUCUCCACAGCGGAGAGAUCAGGACACAGCGGGACAUUUCUGAAUCUGACAGCAUGAAACAGAACCUCAUUGUGUCAGUGAAAGAUAACGGACAGCCCUCUCUCUCUGCCACCUGUAGCAUGUAUUUGGUGAUUUCUGAUAACUUGGCUGAAGUGCCAGAACUGAAAGAUAUCUCUUAUGAUGAGAACAAUUCCAAACUCACCUCUUAUCUGAUCAUCGCGCUGGUGUCCGUCUCCACCUUUUUCCUCACCUUCAUUAUUGUCAUCCUGGCCGUGAGGUUUUGUCGCAGGAGAAAGCCCAGACUGUUGUUUGACGGAGCGGUCGCCAUCCCCAGCACGUAUCUCCCUCCAAACUAUGCAGAGGGGGAUGGAGUGGGAACUCUCCGCAGCACAUACAAUUUUGAUGCAUACCUGACGACGGGUUCGCGCACAAGUGACUUCAAGUUCGUCACAUCUUACAGUGACAACACACUGCCCGCGGACCAGACUCUGAGAAAAACUCCAACAGACUUUGCCGAAGAAUUUGACAACUCCGACAGUUCCCCACCAGAGCUAGACCAAUCUUAA